AUGUCCAGGUUUCAGGAUCUCGAAGAUUUCUUCAGCCGGCGGCUGCUCGCUGCUGUUAACGGAGACCUCUCAGGACGAUCAGCAACAUCUGUGUAUGAAGAGGAGCUCCAACGGCAAAGAAAACUGCUGAGUGUGAUUUUAAUGCCUGAAAUCAAACUGAAGAGAGCAGGUUAGUUCACCUUCUUCUUCUUCUUCAACAUGAGAAACGAACAAGAGAAAACCACCGAAGAUCAAAACCUGUUGACAAACAGAACACCAACGUCACUGACCUUUGAAGAUCAAUACUUGUUGACAAACAGAACAGCAACGUCACUUAUCUGUAAUUAUUUCGGUUACAGAAAGGAUGACGUCACCAAACACCUGUUCUGUGUCGGCAGUACCUUUCAUCUGUUGCCACAGUAACGUCCCAGCACAAUAAAAGCUAAAAAGAUCUCUGAGACAGACAGAAGCCAUUCUACUUAUAUUUACAAAAACAGGAAGCACAGUCCCCUUUCAAAAUAAGUCUCCCAAUAACUGCACAGCUUACCAGUAGGACACAGAGCUUCCCUUAGGUUAUGCCGCCUUGCAUCAAAAAAGCUUACACCACUUUAGCAAACUUAACUCAUGAAUUCCUUCAAUGUCAACAAUCUUUCAGAAAUCACACAGUCCCACAAAUCCUUCAGUCCCGGACCGGACCAUGUUUCCGACCGCUUGCUUCUCUAGUUAUACCAACUUUAGUAACGACCGCAGCAUAGUAAUACACAGCAGUCUGAGGAGCAACAGAUGAAACUCAAACACGACUUAAAAAAGGCGCGAAUUCAACCCACGUAUCAUUCGUUCACUGGUUUUUCAAAAUAAAACCAAACGUUAAAAACAAGAAAUGACGCUCAUCUAUUUCCUAAACAUGGUUAAGAAAAAAAAGGAUACCGACUCGUUUUCCCAAUAUGUUGUGUUCAAAUACAAAAUGGAAAAAUCGGAUAACGACAAAGUUUAUUCAAUUGUUCCACAUCCGACUAGAACAAGCUGCGUGACCCGGAAGUGAUGCUCUGUGUCUUUUUUGUUGAUUGAAUAUCACGGUUGGAAAUAGAUAUCAAACAUAGAAAAAGGACUGUUUUAUUUUUGUUUUAAAAUAGAAACACCAAAAUAAUGAACUAAAGCUUGAUUUUCUUUUCUGCUGUCUGGAACGAGUAAGGAAAAGUCAAAGAACAGUUCAGUUUCAAUCUUUUACAGAUAAAUAGACACAAAUCGAAAAAGUGCCCUUAUAUUUGUUUGCUACUGGUGGAGGAGAAAUCCAGGUGGUGGCACGUAGUAAGCAGUUUUAGUAUUGGGGCCACAGUGAGAAAAUAAUAUUUUCAUACAAAGUCAUAAAAUUACAACAAUAAAGUCAUAAAUUGACAGGAAUAGAGUCUUAAAUAAACAAGAAUAAAAUCAUACAUUUACAGGAAUAAAGUCAUUAUAUCACAAGAAUAAUGUAAUAAAUCCAAAGUUUGGCUCCAACAUAGAUGCCAAGCUUAUCUUGAUGUGUCUUUCUGUACUUUGGUGUUUCCUGCAGAUGUCCAGCAGCUGUCAGUGAUUAAAGAGGAACCUCUUGAGCUCCAGGAGUGGAGCCCUGAUCUAAACCAAAAGGACACCAAGCACAUGCACAUUAAGGAGGAGGAACUCUGGAGCAGUCAGGAGGGAGAGCAGCUUCAAGGGUUUGAGGAGGCUGAGGCCACCAUGUUCCCAUUCACUGCUGCCAUUGUGAAGAGUGAAGAGGAUGAAGAAAAACCUCAGCCUCCACAGCUUCACCCAAAACCAAUUCAAAAGAUGGAAACAGGAGAUGAUGGAGAAAUCUGUGGAGUUUCAGAACCAGCUGGAAACUCAAAUCCUGUGAGUGAUAACAGGUCAGAAGACUCCUCUGAGACUGAGGAUGAUGAUGAUUGGAAGGAGACCAGUGAGGAUCAGUCAGGAUUAAACUCUGGGAAAUUAAUGAAAAGAAGAGGACAGAAAACUGUCAAGAAAUCUCACAGCUGCUCUGAGUGUGGUAAAAGAUUCAACUGUCAACGGGCUCUGAAAAUACACAUGGUAGUUCACACAGGAGAGAAACCUUUCAGCUGCUCUGAUUGUGGUAAAAGCUUCAACUGUCAACGGGCUCUGAAAAUACACAUGGUAGUUCACACAGGAGAGAAACCUUUCAGCUGCUCUGAGUGUGGUAAAAGAUUUUCACAAAAACCACAUCUGACCAAACACAUGUUAUUUCACACAGGACAGAAACCCUUCAGUUGUUCUGAUUGUGGUAAAAGAUUUACACAAAAACAUAAUAUGGCCAGACACACGUUAGUUCACACAGGGGAAAAACCUUUUAGCUGCUCUGAGUGUGGUAGAAGAUUCAACUGUAAAGAGCAUCUGAAAAGACACAUGUUGAUUCACACAGGAGAGAAACCCUUUAGCUGCUCUGAGUGCGGUCAAAGAUUCAUACAGAGAGUGACUCUGAUCAAUCACGUGUUAAUUCACACAAGAGGGAAACCUUUCAGCUGCUCUGAGUGUGGUAAAAAGUAUUUUGAUAAAAGGUCUCUGGCCAAUCACAUGUUAAUUCACACAGGAGAGACACCUUUCAGCUGCUCUGAGUGUGAUAAAGGAUAUCUUGAUAAAAGGUAUCUGGCCAGACACAUCUUAGUUCACACAGGAGAGAAACCUUACAGCUGCUCUGAGUGUGAUAAAAAAUAUUUUGAUAAAAGGUCUUUGGCCAAUCACAUGUUAACUCACACAGGAGAGAAACCUUACAGCUGCUCUGAAUGUGAUAAAAAGUAUUUUAAUAAAAGGUCUCUGGCCAAUCACAUGUUAGUUCACACAGGAGAGACACCUUUCAGCUGCUCUGAGUGUGGUAAAAGAUUUUCGCAAAAAAAGAAUCUGAACAGACACGUUAGUUCACACAGGAGAGAAACCUUUCAGUUGCUCUGA